CUUUUUUCUUUUCGACAUGUCUGAAUCAACAAGACUUUUAUCUACAGUAGAAGAAAGUUAUGCUUCGACUGAAUUAUAUCAUGGAAACACAAUUCUCGCAACUGGUCAAAAAACCCGGCAAAGAUCUUUAUUGAGUCAAUCAACAGGAACCCUAACAUCAGAUAAUUUUCAAAAGAAAACUAGUAUUUACCAUCAUUUGAAGAAACUAUAUUAUUGCUUCUCAACUUCACUGUAUUUAGAAAACAAAGCAUCUGUUGCCCGCGAUCAUCUCGCCAAUGAACGAACUUAUUUGGCUUGGGUAAGAACAAGUCUGUCUAUGAUUGCUGUGGGUGUUGCAAUCACACAAGUGUUUCGUCUACACAAAGAUAAUGCUACCUUACCAGAAUAUUCAAAUCCGUCAUUUAAUGCCAAAGGUAGAUCAUUGGGAUUAGUGUUCAUCAUGUUUGGCAUUUGCUUUAUAUUAUUUGCUGUCAUUCGAUACUUUCAUUCACAGACAGCCAUGACAAAAGGAUACUUUCCUGCUAGUCGAGGCAUUGUUGUUUUAACAUCAUUGAGUACAUUGGCUGCUCUUAUUGCCAUUUUCAUCAUGAUUUUACUUCACAGUCAAUAAUUAUAUACCAUGCAUGCAUUUCUAGAAAAAUACCAUCAUUCUCCAUUUUUUUUAUACUCUUUUGUUCUUUGUCUAUCUCUUUUGAUACUAAAAAAAAUGAGGAUUAUUUUGUUCAUCUCCAUUUCAUCAUACAAAGUACUUGUCUUAAGCUCAUAAACAUAUGUAUUGGAUAACUUUUUCUUUCUGUAAACAGCAAAUUAUUGCUGUAGACGUAAUAUGUUAGACAUGAAAAGAAGUACAUUACGUUGACUAAAUCGACACUUGAUCCAUACUAUGUAAUUUGAAAUGUAUAUUUAUUACUCUAUACACAAAUGCCAUACAUUUACUCAUCAUGAGAUAAAAGAGGAGUGCGUUCACUG